AUGGAUGACCUACUUCAACCAACAUGCUGGGCAGGGAUGCAGGCGAUGGGCACCCUGCUGGGUACGAUGUUUGGAUUUGUGUCUGCUGCUCUUCUCACGCCGAUCGACGGGGGGGAGAGAGAGCACGGGUUGCCAGCUGCACCUGGCGUGAUUAUGGGAUCCUCUCUCGGGGUACUUGCAGCCUAUUCGGCAGGGGAAGGGACUCAGCCGCUCCGACAGCUGCUCUACCUUCUGCUGCUCAGCGUGGGGGCAGCCGCAGUGACAACCGCAGCAUGUAGCUGGCUAACGGGCGAUGUCUUACAGAAUGGCGGGAGCGUCGGCAUCAUGGUGCUGGCAACAGUGGCGUCGCUAGGCUCGACGGCGGUCUUCACCAUUGACAAGCACAACAUGCUGCUCACACGAGCAGCCACGGCUGCGGCAUUCGAUGACCGCGAGCGACACGAAGGAUUGCCACAUCUCCAAGAGGAGUCCUUGAUGGAUCUCAAGGCGGUCUGA